AUGUCUCUAUCCUGGACAAAACGGAAAACGUUGUUGGGUUCGUUACUCAAUAGCUCGGAUGAUGAUGAAGAAGGCCUUGCCUUGGACCGCAUUUUGCAUGGUCAGCAGAUCAUAGGAAAGACUGCGAGAACUGCAGAGAUAGAAUCUCUCCGUUUCUCAGACGGAGAUCUUGUCGUCCUGGGCACACUGGACCAAGGCCAAUUCGGAAUGAUUGACGUGGUGACGUGCCAGCUAAAUAGUCGCGUAUAUGUUCGCAAAUCUAUCGAGAAACAUUUUGCCCAGCGGGCUCGUGAACAAUGCUCUCCGCAGUUGGAACGGGAUAUUCUUCUGUGCGCGACACGUGAGCGCUCUGCGUGGGCUCCACAUUUAUUUUGUGCAUUCCAAACUUCCACUCAUCUCAACAUUGUCAUGGAUUAUGCCGAAGGAGGCACGUUAUGGGACGUACUUGAGUCGAGCCCUGAAGGUAGAGUUCCUGAGGCAGACUUACUCUGGUGGGCUCCUCAGGCAGUCUGCGCCAUCAACUGGUGUCAUUCCCAGGGAUUUGUACAUCGUGAUAUAAAGCCCCACAACUUCGUUCUUACAGCAAGUAAUCGCAUGCUUCUAAUAGAUUUCGGGUCUGCUGCGCCCCUUUCACCUCCGGAGCCUGACGGGAGUCAAUCAGUCCCGAAACAAUAUACCCUUGUUCCUUGUGGUACUUGUGAUUACAUUUCUCCUGAAGUUCUGCAAGCACACGAAGAUGCCCUCCUGGCGCUGGAGUUGUCGGACGACAAUGUUAAUCCUCCUUCAAUAUCCAAAGAAGCUGGUUCGUAUGGCCUGGAGGUCGAUUGGUGGAGCUUCGGAGCAAUGUUGUAUGAAUUGGCUUAUGGAGUGGCCCCUUUCUUCGCUAAAGACAUCCGAACUACUUAUCUGAGAAUUUUGGACUACCAGACAAGUUUGCGCUUCAAUGCGGCAAUUCCCGUUUCUGAACAGCUACAAGGGUUACUUCGCAGACUUCUCACUGAUCGGCAUCACCGUCUCGGGAGAUGUAGCGUGCUGGAAAUCACAGAGCACAAGUUUUUCGGAAAUACCAACUGGUCUUGUAUACAUUCGCGCCUUGCACCGCCUGACAUCCAUGUGCCGCAAUUCACGUAUUCUGCAUCAGCAGUGCCCGUCUCGUUCAUAGAGCCCCCGGAUCCCAUGGAUGAAGAAAAUUCACAACCAUUUGCCUUUUCUGCUUUAUUCCAUUCUUCCCCGAAUACUUCGCUUGGAAUAUCGGUUUUGCGGGACAGCCCUCAUCACAUAUCUCCACGAGCCGAGUCGGCCUUCAUCGGAUUUUCGUGGGGUCCUACUGAUGACGCAUCCCUUCUGCCAACUAAUUCAUCUCGAAAUUACGAAGUAGACAGAUUGGCCACUCCUCAGCCCGUACAGGCUACUUCCAGGAAAUAUAGUCGUUAUCCAUUGCUCCAAGCUUCUAGCGCCACUACGCAUUUUUCUGCUUUUGCAACACCUAUUCGUCCCCAUGCUUCAUCAGCAUUUCACACCCUUCCCCGUACGGGCACUAUCCGGCGUACAGCUCAGCGGCGCACUGUUUCAGAUCGUGAAGCCAUGAAGCAACUUGUGGAAUGCAUCGGAAUGAGCGCCAGGAAGAAAGUUCUCGCCAGCGGUCGCAAGCCGCGCUUAAUACAGUCCUCUAACCGAAGCUUCUCAAACACUGUCAGGAAAGAGCUGCGGUUUCGUCUCCAGCCGAUUUUCACCGACAAAACUUAUGACUCCGAUGACUUUCCGGCCGUGGUGCCAGUGGUUGCUUCAGCAUCCGAUGGAACUGAGGAGGCCGAGUCGGAUGGACCACCAAGUCCCAGCCCCAGUCCGCGCCCCGGUUCUGCAAUGUCUAUACUCAGCCGAAGAAGCGCCACACCCACGAUAUCUGGAUCCUAUUCUGCUCGUUUUUUAAACCUCCCCUCUGUCACAUUUGCGGCAAGCAGUGAUAUGCAAAGCGAUGAGAACGUCUUUGAAUCGCUGGCAAAUAGGCACGCCACUAUGAUGUCUGAUUUGACAACAAUUGAAGAGCGCUUGAGCCGUGUCUCUGUUCUAUUAUCGGUUGAGGCGUCUAAGUCCUCCGUUGAUGUCGCUUAA